UUUUUUUUUUAAAUGUUUUCUUCACGCAUUCACUUAAAACGCGCCUUUCAAAUAACGACUAAAACUAACUAUAUAUAUAAUAAAAGUUUACAAAGUCACUUUUCGACAUAUUUAAGGCUUCAACAAGCUAACACAACUGCAAAUUUUUCAGAACAACAUGAAACUAGUCAAGAACCCAGGACUCACUUUGGUUUCAAAAGUGUUCCAGAGAAUAUGAAAGAAACUUUGGUUGGAAAAGUUUUUGAAAAUGUUGCAACAAAAUAUGAUGUAAUGAAUGAUGCAAUGAGUUUAGGAGUUCAUAGAUUAUGGAAAGAUCAUACUAUCAGAACUAUGGCUCCGGGACCUGGUACAAAACUAUUGGAUGUUGCUGGAGGAACAGGUGAUAUCGCAAUGGGAUUUCUUAAUUAUUGUAAAGAAAUUCAUGGAGAUACUAGCGCAAAAGUUACGUUAUUGGAUAUUAAUCCUAAAAUGCUAGAAGUUGGUAAACAACGAUUUUUAAAAACUCCAUAUCAUAAUUCAUCGCAAGUAACAUUCGAAGUAGGAAACGCGGAAGAUCUUUCAUCAAUUCCAUCAAAUUCGUAUGAUGUAUAUACAAUAGCAUUCGGUAUUCGUAAUUGCACUCAUAUAGACCGUGUAUUACACGAAGCUUUUAGAGUUUUAAAACCUGGUGGAAGAUUUAUGUGUUUGGAAUUCGGUAAGGUCCGAAACCCUUUAGUCUCAUCGAUAUAUAAUUUAUAUUCCUUUCAGAUAAUUCCGUUAAUUGGUCAAAUAAUUGCUUCGGAUAAAGAUUCUUAUCAAUAUUUAGUAGAAAGCAUUCGUCAAUUUCCUUCACAAGAGCAAUUUGCGGAAAUGAUAAUGAACGCGGGAUUUACCAUUGUAGGUGAUGGAUGGGAAGAUUUAACUUUUGGAAUUGCUGCAUUACAUUCUGGAUUUAAACUUUAAAUUGGUUGGAUAUUCAAUUGAUGUUCGGAAUUCAAAAUACAAAAUUCAAUAUCGUAUAUUACCUGUUAAGACGCGGUCAAUCACGUGUCCGAUUAAAAUUUUUUUUGUUACACAAGAUUGAUUGAAUUAAUAAAAAGGAAAUAUUUGAAAUAUUUUUUUUUUUUUCAAAUCUUCAUAUUUCACUAAUAUAAUAUGUCUUCACGUUUAUUUAUUAAAUUAUUAAACAUUUCACCAAAAUAUACUUCUACUUAUCCCAUAU